AUGCUUAUUGGAAAAGAGAAACUAUGGGAGAGGAUAUUAGACUACAAGUACUCGGGGACUAUAAAUGGAGUAGGUAGGGCUAAUAGAAGGUGGUCGUUGUGGUGGACAGAUGUCGCUAAUAUAGAUUCCGGCGAGGGAGAGUUUAGCAUAGUUUGUGGAGAAGUUAUAGAAAGAUAUUGGGGACGAGCAAGAUUUCUUAUUUUGGGAGGACCCCUUGGUGGAAAGGAGAAGCUUGAAGAAUCUUUACUCGGGCUUAUUUGGAAAGAUCGUAGUAAAAAAACUAGGGAGUUAAAGAUGUGGUGUAGGGAGGAAAUGAAACCAAUGGGUGGAAAUUCAGAAUUCGACACGAAAGAAGAAAGGCUAGAGGAGGAGUUAAAUGAUUUGGUUCAAAGAGUGAAGUUGAGAGGAAAUGUAAAGGAUAGGUGGAUGUGGGCCAAAGGGGGGCACCCGGUUAAUGAGGCUUACAGUUAUAUCAUAGAAGGUAUUCUAAACUGUAUCGGGUCUGAAAGAGAUUUAGCGAUUGCUUGGAACAAAUUUAUACCUUUAAAAGUGUUUGUGCUUGUGUGGAGAAUAUGGAAAAAUAGAAUCCCAACUAGAGAUAAUUUAUCAAAAAGAGUUAUCUUAGUUGAUUCUCAAAAAUCAUGUCUGUUUGUGCAGUAG